CGUCUGCUUUUCCAUUAUUGAGCUUGGGCUGCCUGUGACCCUUAGCAUUGUACUUGACACCAACGUCGUUUCCAGAGUCCUCUGUCUUCCUUACCCGAGAGAGAAAGAGUGAGAGACCUGGGAACGAGGUUGAGGAGUCACUCGAGUGUCACGCGAUGAGUAGGAACGAAAAUCAUGGCGACCGACUUGGAGGGUAACCUGAAGCAAAGAGCAAAAGAGGCGAUUGAUGUUCAUUCUUCCGACUUAUAUGACCUGAGCAAAAGAAUAUGGGAAAAACCUGAACUGAAUUUUACCGAGACUUACGCUCACGAGCAACUAACAAAGUUUAUGACGGAACAUGGUUUCAGAGUAACUCCUCAUUACACUUUGGAUACAGCUUUCCGAGCUGAAUGCGGAGAGGAAGGAGGUCUGACAAUUGGUCUACUUAGUGAAUAUGACGCUUUACCUGAAGUAGGACACGCUUGUGGACAUAAUCUGAUCGCAGAAUCAGGAGUGGCAGCGGCUUUAGGUCUCAAGAUUGCUUUGGAAUCAGCUGAACAGAAACCAAAAGUCAAAGUAGUUCUUCUUGGAACUCCUGCGGAGGAAGGAGGAGGGGGAAAGAUUUUGAUGAUCAACAAUGGCUGCUUCAAAGAUAUUGACUUCUGUAUGAUGGUUCAUCCAGCUCCUCAUGAUGUCCUUAGGCCUAUAUGUUUAGCAUACAGUGAAGUCACAGUCACAUACAAAGGGCAUGCUGCCCAUGCCGCAGCAUUCCCUUGGGAAGGAGUCAAUGCACUGGAUGCAGCUGUCAUGGCUUAUACAAGCAUAAGUGCACUAAGACAGCAGAUGAAACCUACAUGGCGUCUUCAUGGCAUUUUUACUGAGGGAGGUGUCAAACCCAACAUUAUUCCUGAUCGUGCCCAGCUUCGUUAUGCAAUUAGAGCUGAGACAAAUGAGGAACUUGAGGUGUUGAAGGAAAAGGUCAUAAGUUGUUUCCAAGCAGCAGCCAAAGCGACUGGGUGUAAAGUAUCUUUGGAAUGGGAACCUAGACCUUAUUUCAGUUUAGACACAAACGACACUCUUGUAGACCUCUAUCAAGCUAAUGUUGAGACCUUGGGAGUGACCUUCAAUCCUUUCAAGGAAUAUGGCAAGGGCUCAACAGAUAUGGGCAAUGUCUCCCAGAUAGUUCCAUCAUUUCAUGUGAUUUACAGUAUUGAUAGCAAUGCUGUGAACCAUUCUCAUGCUUUUACAGCUGCAGCAAUAACAGAUAUUGCCCACAAGAAAACUUUGACUGCAAGCAAGGGGAUGGCUAUGACUGCUAUUGAUGUUCUGUGCAAUCCUGAUUUAAUGCAGAAAAUCAAGAAGGACUUUGAGAAAUCACACCCAUGCAAUAAUGUAACUGAUGAAAACCAGUUCUAAUUGAGAAAUACAAUUAAACCUAUAGAAAAGUAUAGUUAGUGUACCUUCCCUAGAGAUGGAAAUGACUAAAAAAUUUGAGCUUAAUGUGGAAUUCCUUGAGAGAUGAUUGUGUACACAUUUAUUUGUCCUUUCAACUCGACAUCAUGGCCCUUUGUCUGCUAGGCCUUUUCUCUUAUCCUUAUAAAUAUUCAAUAUACCAUUUAUUUGCCACAUUGCAGAAUUAACUGAGUUAAAGGGCUAAAUUUAAAUUCAAUAAUUAAUAAAACUACAAUUACUAUAAGAACAAUAAAAAUAUCUCUGUUAACUAUUUACAUGUUUGCAUAUUCACCAUUGAAAGAGAAAAAGGAACCUGAACACUGGGUCCGUCAGCGACUCCUAUCAGCGUAAACAAUACUGUUCUGUUGUUGUCACUGGAUCGAAGGUUGUAACUAUGACCACUCACUGCUGUUCUCGGUAUAAGAAAGUUAAUGGGGUGGGAAUUUUAGACAUCUUCCAAACAUAUUUAGAGCAGAGCUGAGUUCAUCUUUCUUUCAGGCUCUCAAGGUUAGUAAUAUUAAGGGCAUCUAAAUAACUAUGGCAUGGAUAGAUAAUAUGUAGAGCCCUCUUUUGAAUUGAUUCCAGCUUAUUAGAAAGAAAUUCAGGAAUAUCUUGCCAGGCUUGCACACCGUAUUCUAAUACAGGUCUUAUUGUUGUCAGGUAAACCUUAAGAAUUCCACCUCUUUUAACACCAACUCUUUUCAGAAUCCUUAGGGAAUACAGGCGCUUGAAGGCUUUUUUCGAAAUGUAAUCAAUAUGCUCAUUCCACUUUAAAUCAUUACUGAUAAUAAUACCGAGUAAUUUAUAAGUUGUCACAUGUUCAACUGUGUAGUUACCUAGGACAAUAUUAUUGGUCUUGAAGCAAAGUUAUCACUUUGCAUGAAGUUAAUUAACAUUUCUUUACACUUUUUCGGAUUUAAUUUCAUAUUGUGUUCUAUGGAAAACUUGUGGAUGUCAUUGGCAGCUACAUUUAGUAAUCUAAUACCAUUCCUUGGUAAAAUUUCCAAUGCUGUGGUAUCAUCAACGAAUUUAAUUCUUAAAUGCCAGUUACACAAAAGAUUGUUGGUCAUCACAGCGAACAAAAUCACACCCAGUUUCGUCCCUGGCAGGAUGCCUCCCCUGGGUGAUUUCCCGGUUAGCUCAAUGGAUAGAGCGCUGGACU